AUGAACCAAGCUUACCCCAAGCCCCUGCCAAAAUCUGACAAGAUGAACUGCAGAAGAGUAAUUUAUGUGAUUUUACUGGUGAGCCUACCCAUAGUCAAAGCCCUGCCUGGCAGUAAUCGGGACAUAGAGGGAAAAAACAGCAUUGGCCAACGCUUUCUACAGCUACAGAAGAAUAAUUUUAAAGCCAUGGCCCUGGUCAUGGUUGCUCAGUAUGUGCAAGGAGGCACAUUUGGCAGAGCAGUUAAAAUGGCUGAGGACCUCACAGACCUCGCAAAAAGGUGUGCUGCUACUGCAGCCAGGGACAACCCAGACUGCCUGAAGCCCUUGGACAAGAUCUUCCUUGAUACAGUAUGCCAGGAGGAAAAUCUUCCCGGCUUUACUGACUGCUGUGCUAAAAAAGAUCCUGAAAGAAAUGACUGCUUCCUCGUUCUUAAAAAUUCAUCAAGAGGGUUCAUUUCUCCUUUUGAAAGGCCAAAUGCAGAAGCCGCCUGUAAAAAUCAUUCACAGAAUCAACAUCUGUUAACAGAACAUUUUAUUUUUGAGGUAGCCAGAAGACAUCCCUUCCUCUAUGCCCCCACCAUCCUUUCUGUCGCUAUCCGGUAUGAUGAGAUGAUGAAAAACUGCUGCAGAAGCUCUGAAGACCUCACUUAUAACCUGGAGGAAUGCUUUCAGAGACAGGCACCAAAGGUGGUGAAGCCAAUAAAAGAAGAUGGCCUAAGGCAAGAACACACAUGUGGAAUCUUGCACAAGUUUGGAGAAAGGACCUUGAAGGCUCUGAAACUUGCUCAGAUAAGCCAAAAAUUCCCUAAAGCUGAUUUUGUUACUGUUAGCAAACUUGUGAUGGAUGUUACUAACAUGCACAAGGACUGCUGCCGCGGAGACAUGCUGGACUGCAUGCAUGAUAGGGAAGAGCUUUUGCGCUACGUCUGCACCAACCAAGACAUCCUAUCAAGCAAAAUAAAGCAGUGCUGUGAAAAGCCUCUGUUACAAAGAAGUGAAUGCAUAGUUAAUACAGAAAAUAAUGACAAACCUGCAGACCUGUCCCCCCACGUCAGGGAGUUUAUAGAGGACAAGGGAAUAUGUGAACGUUUUGCCCAGGAAAAGGACACACACUUAGCCAGGUUUCUGUACGAAUAUUCCAGGAGGCACCCUGAGUUUUCUGCCCAAAUGCUUUUAAGAAUUGGUAAAGGAUAUGAGGACCUACUGCACGAGUGCUGCAAGCCUGGAGCUCCAGAGGACUGCUGCAGCAGAGGGGAGGAGAAACUGAAGAAACAUAUUUAUGAAACUGAAAGUGUGAUGAAGACGAGCUGUGACAUUUACAGGGAGAAAGGAGAUUACUAUUUCCAAAACGAGCUCCUCCUGAGCUUCACCAAGAAGAUGCCUCAACUGACAUCUGCAGAGCUGAUCAAAUUCACCAAGCAGAUGACUACAAUUGGCUCCAAAUGCUGCCAGUUAAGCCUGGACAAGCUGCUGCCUUGUGCUGAGGAAAAACUGGAUCUUGUACUUGGAGAAAUAUGCAGAAGACACCUGAGAGACCCUAUAAACCCAGGCGUGUGCCACUGCUGCAGCAGCUCCUAUGCUCUCAGGAGACCCUGCAUAGGGAAACUGGAAAUGGAUGAGCAUUAUGUGCCCUUAUCACUGACUCCAGGGCUGUUCACUUUCCAUGAAGACUUGUGUACAACUGAGGAGGAGAAGUUACAGCAGAAGAAGCAAGAAAUGCUCAUCAACCUCAUCAAAUACAAGCCCCAGAUCACACAGGAGCAGCUGACAGCCAUCACGGCUGCCUUCACCACCAUGAGAGAGCAGUGCUGCAGAGGAGGCAACCCCCAGGCCUGCUUUGCCAAAGAGGGUCCAGAACUUAUAAAGAGAAGUGAAAAAAUGUUGUCAGCCUGAAGAGCUCCUGCAGCACAUUGGACACCAGUUGCCAACCUAACAGCAAGCAUAUCUUUUCUGACGUUCAUGAAGCAUAAACAGGAACAUAUGAUUUGUCAGAGUGCACAAAACUACCUUGUGGCUCUUUACUCACAAAUCUAAGGAAGUCUGGAUGGUUUUACACCAGCUACAGCUCAUCUGCUGCUGCAAACAAGGGACAAGAGGGAUCUCAAUAAACCACAUUUCCCAUAGGACCUGCUGGGCUGGGAAACUGCAUUUCAGUCAGAUGGGGAGGAAUCCACGUACAAACCUCAGCUCUGGUUCCUGUCACAGUGAUUCAGAAUUAUCAAGGAGACGUAAACUUUAAACCAAAGCAAGUAACUUAAAGCCAGCUAAAUUUCUUAGUUGUUCAGGAUCCUUAAGCAUGGAAGCCUUAAGUGCAAAGAGAAGGCUCAUCACCUUGAGGAAGUCUGCUGAAAGAAUAAGUUAAAUGGAUGCAAAUUGUCAUUAACGAUAUAAAUCAUCAGACCAAACCCCAUUUGUUAGGUUUGCAGCUGACAGCAAGGCGGAGCCAAACUUGCAAAUCUCUUUACAAUUCUUAAAUGUCAAAAUCACCUUGGCAAAUUAGAGACAACCUAGAGGAAACCAGCUCUAUUCUACCAGGACACAUUUCACACAUGACACAGGAACAAUUAAGCAGCUGUACCAUUUCACUACAGGAGAACUACUCACUGGGGAGCUGUGCAGGUCACCAUGUAGUUAUAAUGAACCACAGGCCAAGAACCAUCAACAGUUGGCUGCUGAUUCAGGUCUAACUUAUUGCUCAUAUACUGGGGACAUAAGCAGAGCAACAGCUAAAACAGAACAAGGUUUUACUCAGGUAUCAGUGGUGGUUUUGGUAUCCAAUCAAUGAUCAGAUGGGCCCUUGGGCUUCUCCAAGCA